CAAACCUCUCUGCAACUCAGCUAAAGUCAGAACUCCCAACAUGCAUUACAAAUGCAGCCCUGGAAACUUCUCCUCCCACUCCCGCUCCCCUGCAGGUUACCUGGGGUACCCAGUUUCCACCUAUGAUUCUUUCUACCCCAGCAAUGUAGCCUACUCUCCCAGCACCUGCCAGCUGGGCUCCUCCAUCUUCGGUGGCUAUCAGGAGAUCUCCUGUGAACCUAUCAGUUGCCAGACAUUUUACCCUGUGUCCAGACCUUGCCAGACAUCAUGCUUCCAUCCAAAGAGUUCCAUCUUCUUCAGUCCUUGCCAAACAAAUUACACUGGAUCUCUGGGAUGUGGAAAUAUUGGCCUUGGGUCUUUUGGUUUCCAGUCUAUGGGCUGUGGGUCCAGCUCCUGUCAUCCAACUUACUUCUCUUCCAGGAGUUGCCAGUCAGCUUGUUACCAACCAGCCUUUAGCUCUCGCUUUUUUGGAUCAACUUGCUGAAUAUCCCUCAUUAUCUCACCAUUGUGUCUGUACCUUAUGAAACUUUAACAUGUAGCCUGUCUGAUAUCUGGGAUUAUUGACCAUCUGCAUCACCAGGACUUGCCAUCACCAUCUCUCCCAAAAGUAUGUGAUUCACUGUCACAAAGUAACCUUGACCUGUGGCCUUUUCUAAAUCAGAUAUAUGAGAUAAAUCUUGACUUUUCAUUCUUAUGUCAAUGUUCAGAAUACUUUUUGGUAUUCUGAAAGAUUUUCCUCUUAUUUUUCUCCUAGAAUUCUUUCACUUAAGUGUAUUUCAAAUAGAAUUGGCACUUAAACUUUUCUAUACUAUGAAUAAUAGCAUUCCAUUUCUCUUGUUCAUAUUGUACAUUUGUUGAAUGUAUCCAGUACCUUCAACUGUCUUCAUUAGGUAAUCACUUUUUUGUUUUGUUUGUUUUAUAGGUUUUAUUAAUAUGUUACUGAAUAGAAAACAAGAAAUUGAAAGGAUAGUUUAAAUAUGUGACAUGUCCUACAUGUUAAGGAUUUAUGUACCCUGAUAAAUGAAUUUGUUCAUCUAAUUGCUUUAGAAA